AUGGCUCGCAAGCAAGCCUCUCGUCUCGCUCGCAGCGCCUCUACGCUUGAGCUGCGUCGUUCAGCUCGACUUCAGCCACAGCAACCCGAGCCUCCGGCGAAGGAGAACCAGGAAAUCAAGCAAGACUCUCCCCCGCGCAGCUCGACUCGCACUCAGAAGGACAACAAGAAUGAUCCGACUGAAGAGAAAGAGAAUGCUCCGGAGCGUCAAGGUCGCGCUCCUGAGCGUCGCAAGCUACGAGUUUCCAAAGCCAAGUCACUUUCUCGCAACAGGUCCUCGAGUUCGAGUGGCCAAAAGGAUACGCCUGUGACAAAGACCGACACGGUAAUCGAGGUCCCAACGCCUGCAGCUGUCAUUGCGCACGCCGCUGUCAACCACAAGAAGAACAAAGCGGUAGACCCGCCUUCUGCACCCAACAAGAAGCGCCGCGUUUGCUUUGCGGAACGCGCCGAUCCUGAGCCAUUCGACCGGAUGGUCGACCAUGUCGCACGAGCCAAGGCAGCCGCCGCCUCCGUCAGACUCGAAGACCUCAUCGCAAAGGCCGAUCGAUACAAGAACCAGUACGACGACAUCGAACACGUCCCCUGCCCGCCUAGGGCAGAGCGCUUAAUCAGGCCCUGGAUCAGGCUCGGCAGAGACCGAAGCAAAUACGGCGAGGAGCGCCGCAAGUUCUACCAAUACCCGCCCAUGUUCGUCCUCGCCUUCGCCUUCGACGCCAUGGAGCUCUCGCACCACCUCAAGCGGGUCGACUGGGGCAGAUAUAGGAAGUGCUCGCGGUACGACGUCAUGGACCGGCUCAUACGUAGACUGUGGAACGCGCUGGGGAUGCAGCGGGAGAAGGACAUCGUGGAAUGGGUGACUGCGGAUAGGAAACCGGGCUGGAUACUCAUCGUGUCGAAGUCUAGCCGCCCUGAGACGCUUCCGUAUCCCGAGGAACGUGUACGCAGGAUCCAGGAGACGAUUGGCACCAAGAUGCCGCCAACUAUCAUGCCCUUGCAGCUCGUCGGGCGUCGUGAGCGCUACGGGUGUGAACCUGAACUCAAGGCAGAGGAAUACUGA